AUGCCGACUACAACAGACUCAGAGCAUGAGGGCGAUUAUCAAGUUGUCUCCAAAGACAGUGUUCCUGCCCCCCCAGCAACGCAAGCAGGCGCAACAUGGCAAAAAGAGCUCGACACAGUUCAAAAAUGGCUGCAGCCAACGGACUAUAAUUCUCUCGGCAACGAGUACAUGAAACAUUUACACUCGUAUGUUCCAGGUACGGGGUCUUGGGUGCGGGAAUCUCCCAUUUACAGCACGUGGGCCGGGUCAAGACCACGCAGCGAAGCGCAGCAUGGGAUUUUACAUGUUAGGGGAGUUGCUGGCAGCGGCAAGUCAGUCCUCGCUGCCAGCAUCAUAUCCCAGCUUCGCGAGGAGGAGCCGAACACUCCUAUGCUUUUCUUCUUCUUCCGACAAAUCGUCGAGAAAAACCACAGUGCAAAGUACCUUGUCCGAGACUUUGCUUCCCAGCUUCUCCCGCACAGCCAAUCCCUUGUCUCGAAACUAUAUCCGAUGUCUCAGGAGCGGGGUGUAGAUGGCUUAGAGCUUAGCUCUUUGUGGGAUGCCAUACUGCAAACACUCGAAAGUAUAUCACGCAUCUACUGUGUUGUGGACGCGUUGGACGAGAUGGAUGAUGGGGAUUUUAGCUUCAUUCAUCAGCUUGUCCGCCUCGGGGCUCUUGAUCCCGGCCGAGCCAAGCUACUUUUGACGAGCCGUCCCGUUUCUAAGAUCGAGGAAGCGCUUAGAGAUCCGCAGAUCCUGCGUUUCAAACUGGAGACAUCUUUAAUUGAUCCGGAUAUCGAAAAAUACGUCGGUGUGAGCCUCAUUUCCCUCGACCCGUCGCUGCGACCAGAGACAGAAGACCUGGUGAAGAAGACCAUUUGCAAAUGUGCCCAGGGCCUAUUCUUGCACGCGCGACUAGUGACUGAUAACUUGACCAACGGUCUCAAGUAUGGGCGUAUCACUGAAGAGAUGCUUCCAGAGUGUUUGGAAAGGUUACCUCAAAAUUUGAAGGAUGUUUACGAGCAGAUGUUGGCAGGCCACGCGCAGAGAAGCGGUGUGAGCACAAAGCAACAGGCUCAUAUUCUCAUGUGCGUGACUCAUUCUUCCCGGCCCCUGGGACUGAUUGAGCUGGGCUCCUUAGUCUCCAGUUUCAUGGGGUUGGAUAAUCUCAAAGAGGGUAAGGAUCUGGUGCGAGCGAGCUGCGGACCGUUGCUUGAAAUAUUGGAAGACCAGACUGUGAGCGUCAUCCACCAUUCCUUCACAGAGUUCCUUCGCGACGGAUCCCGACAGCAAACCCCUGACUCAUUCCCAGUCCUGAAUUCUCGAUAUGCACAUAGCAUGUUGGCAAGACUUUCCCUCCAAUAUAUGGAUCGCUGUCCAUUGCUGGAUAACAAUACAGACAGGCCAGAUGACUAUUCUUGGGAUGACGACGAUGACUACAGAAAAGAAAAGGCAAGCCGCCAUCAAGCGCUACAGGAUAUGAACGUUGCUCGACCACUUUUAAAUUACUCAGUAGAGAAUCUCAACUACCAUCUCGAUAAUGCAGAGCCGGAGGAUACGCAGUUGUUGGAUACAAUCUCCACCUGCCUCGCUCCUGGGAAACCUGCUUUCAGGGUCUGGAUGUAUCACUAUUGGCAAUCCCGUUUCUGUAGCUCUUUCACUACAGUUCAUCUUGCAGCCUUUGCAAGCAUGCCGUUGUAUGUCAUGGAGCACUUGGGGCCAAACGACACAAAAGAUUCAGACGGCCGGACACCUCUUUCUUAUGCCGCGGAAAAGGGCACCGCAAAGACGGUCAAGUUUCUCCUGAGUCACGGUGCUGACCCAAAAUCACAUUGUUGUUAUGGAUCGACCCCGCUUCACCUUGCAGUCAGAAAGGGGCCCAUUGAGAUUGUUCAGCUAUUACUAGAGGCGGGUGUGAGUCCACUCAUCCAGGCGACAAGACCGGAUCGGUAUGACGAAGAUGAUUUAAAUGAUUCAAGUUUUGGCAACACCGCUCUGGAGUAUGCCUUCACUGGCAACCAUGAGGCUAUCAUCGAAUGCUUCAUGCCUUUUAUUACCCCUGAUUACGCAAAUAGAUGCCUGCACUGGGCUCGGGGAACCAAGAUCGUCGAAGCUAUCUUGAAGGCUGGACAUGCUGAUGUUGAUUGUUUCGCAGGUGGCUAUACUAAGUUAUUCAGGGCUACCACUGCUUAUGACUUUGAGACAAUGAAACUUUUGAUCCAGCAUGGUGCAGAUGUGAAUAAACGGUGCAGUGGAGGCCGGUACGAGAAUGGCAUUUUCAGUCUCACGGUUGAUAAUCCUCGAGGCCCAAUGCCCAUACAUGCUUUCGCUGGCUAUGAACAGACAUUCGCUCGUGGCUGUAGCGAUGCAGAGAACGCGGAAAAGUGUCUUCGACUCCUUCUUGAUGAUGGUGCCGACAUCAAUGCAACAACUGACGGAGAAAAGCACACAUACCGUGGCCGAGAUGGGAACUUUACACCAUUGUUCUACGCCGUGAAGAAGAACACAAACGGUUAUUUCUUCGGCGUUAUCGACAAGACCGGGGAGAAGCUUGCUUCACUGCUUCUCAAGGCUGGCGCUGAUCCCAACGUCAAAUCAACUUACGGAUAUGCUCCCAUCCAUGUUGCGAAUCCUGAGUGUCUUCCCCUAUUUGACCUUCUUGUUGCUCACUCGGCCGAUGUCAAUGCAAAAAAUAAGAGUGGGAGGGCACCACUCCUGGAAUUAAUUCAACAGUAUCAAGCCAAGCCAGACAUCAAAGUAUUCGAGAAGCUUAUUGAGUGUGGUGCCGAUGUCAACACAUCUGACGACGGAGGAAAUACCGUUUUUCAUAUGAUCCUUGGCAAUUUGGAAAAGUUUAAGAUGUCCGAUGUCCCUUUCUUUCAGCUUCUGCUCCGCUCCGGCGCUGAUAUAAACAAGCCAAAUAAGAAAGGAAACCCACCCUUGUUUACGUACAGACUACCAGAGGAAGCCUCGUGGUCUCCCUAUAAGCGGAAGGAAGAUGAUGAGCCGUUGCUUCGAGCGCUUGUGGAAGCUGGUUUGGACAUGCGGGCAUACAAUGGCCAGGGGGAGACCAUACUGAGUAAUCUCAUCCCGCGAUAUCACUGCGAGAUCAAGUCGGUCGAAAGGUUCAUCCGCCUAGGUGCAGAUUUUACGACACGGAAUAAGGAUGGAUCAACACUGCUACACGUCGCAGUCAAAUCAAACCUCCGUAUCAGUUGGAUCAAUUUCCUUUCGUCACAGGGCGUCGAUCCUUUAGCCAGGGACGAAGAAGGGAGAACGCUCAUCCACGUUGCCGUUCAACACUGCGAUGCUGACGCGGACGGGCGAGCUAUUGUUGAAAGUUCAAUCGAGCUUGGCGUCUCCGCGGGAGCCAAAGAUGGUUUCGGAAGUACGGCUCUUCAUCUAGCAAGUAAGAGAGACCACAGGGAAAGGAGAACACCCCGAGGAGAUGGACACGAUUGGGUGGACGCCAUCCUCAAGACCGGGAUAUUAGGGGCCCAAGAUGUCAACGAUCGUGAUGGCAGUGGUGCAACCUCUCUACACAAUGCCGCAGGCGUUUCCGAGUUCACUGUCGCCAAGCUACUCCAAGCAGGAGCAGAUCCCACAGCUCUAAACCUUGAAGGUCUCUCCCCACUUCAUAUUGCCUGUCGCGAUGGUCAACCAAACGUUGUUGGACUUUUACUAGCUACAUAUAAGGAACGGGGUGAGCUUAGGCAGAUGAUCAAUCUUCACUAUACCCUCGGAGAGGGAAGGACGGGUCUGCAUCUAGCAGCUCAAGCAGGAAUCCCGGAGAGUGUUUCUUAUCUACUGCACAAUGGUGCUGAUAUUUCUUCGCUUGACAAGAAUGGCUUCACUGCACUACAUGCGCUGGUUGAGGCGCCACUGGAUACUCCAUGGCUGGAAGCUCUUGAUCUGCUCCUGGAAUUUGGAGCAGACCCGAAUGUAAGGGCGUCCGUUGAGCAGAAGGGUGUCGGAGCUCUCGAUCUGGCCAUCAAAAAAGGCCGCGAGGCUAUGGUACAAGCUCUUAUUCAGCACGGCGCGACGUCUGAUAGCAGUACAAAUGCCCAGUCUCCGGAGCCUAUGAUAUCAACUGAGACUCUUCAAGAUCUUCUUGAGUCUAGAAAUUCUCCAGAAAUUUUCAGAAAGGUUGAGAAAGUACUCGAAACCAAUGACUAUGCGACCAUCAAAGAGUUUGUCAGGCUUGGCGGGAACUUGAUGAGUAUGGAUCAGUAUAGGUACAGGACUGUUCUUCACGGGAUGGUAGACCGAGGCAAUAUCUCCUUGCUCAAUUACUUUAGCGAUGAAGCAUCAAAAGUUCACCAGUCCCCUUGUAUGAUGAAGGAAGACAACCCGGGAACUUUGCUUGGGGCUGCUUGUGAGCGUGACUUGCCAGGUCUUGACAUCAUCAAAUGCCUUGUUGAAAACGUUGGCCUGGAUCCAAACAUGCCUUCCGAUCGGAUAGGCUAUACAUAUAAGCUGGCUAAGGCCACGCCUCUGCACUUCGUUGCUUGCGGGACACAUUUCUGGCAUGCGGACGCGGUUACGUACCUGUUGUCUCAAGGUGCAGAUAUAGAAGCCAAGAAUAUGGAUGGGCAGACGCCGCUCCUUUGCGCUAUUAGUACACAACAUCCAAAUGGAUUAUUGAAGGAACGAACGAUCAAACGACUCUUGGAUCACGGUGCGGAUCCCAAUUUCAUCGCCGAGAAUGGAGCAUCGUGCCUGGCGGAGGCUGAUAGUGCCGAGGUAGUGAAAUUGUUACUCGAACAUGGGGCAGACAUCUCAGCAACUCCUGGAGUCAUGGAGUUUGCGUUAAAAAACAUGAAUGCCGAGAUGGUUCAGGCCCUUCUCAAUGCCGGCGCUGAUCCGGAUUACCAUGAUUCCCCUGAUGGCAGCUACACAGACCACAAAACAUCAUCACGAUAUCCCCUGCACAACGCUGCUCGCCUCGCUACCGAAGCAGAUCUUCCGUUUGACUGGAAUUCCCGGAAACGAAGAAUCACUGAAAUUCUGCUCCAGGGCGGUGCAAAUCCAUACGCGUCUUAUUCCGACGGUAGCUACGUGCUUCAGGCCAUCGUGGAAGAAAAGGGCUUAUUGGAUCCUUUCCUUAAGCUGGGUAACGUCGAUAUUGAGAAGAGAGGCCGCCAUGGACGAACAUUACUCUUGUCUGCUUGCACCAUCCUUGAGAAGCCCCAUCAAGAAGCCUGGGAUGAGCAUAUGAAGAAAAGAUUUCCUCAAACUGCAAACCCCAAAGCCGUGCUCGCAUUGCUCGCACGUGGUGCAAUCCCGGACGUUACGGACGAUCAAGGAAGGACAUCCCUUCAUUGUCUCUGCACCAUGACACAUCCGUACGAUGAAGAUCACAAGCAAGCUUUCGAUGCUCUUGUGUCCAGCGAUCCUUCGACCAUCCACGUGGCCGACAAUGCCGGCUUCAAACCACUGCACCGCGCCAGCCAGUUCGGUCAAAGCUGGGCCAUAUGGAGGCUGGUAGACCUCGGUGCAGAUUUGCUAGAGCCUGAUCCUGACGGAAACACGGCCCUGCAUUUUAUCGCGCCCGAGAUGGUUGGGGAGAAGUCAUCGGCGGCGGCAGCGCAAGCUGAGUUCGAACACCUCCUUGCCGGGGGCCUGAACAUCAACGCCCGCAAUAAGAAAGGCGAGACGCCUCUCUUCCUAUGUAUAUCGGCCGAAUGGUCCGGAACUCGUGAACCCGGCACUCGCCAUCCGACUUACGCGCUAGAAAAUGAUGUAUCCCCGAGCGAUGUUCUAGAUCUGUAUAUCGGUCGAGGUGCCGACAUCUUUACAGCUGACGGCGAAGGCAAAACACUUCUUCAUGCUGCAGCGGGUAGGCGAAUUGAGGACCUGGAUUGGAACGAGGACCAGAUCAAACAUAUGGAGAACGUAUUCAAGAAAUUGAUGGAUCUAGGGCUCGACCCGCGGCAAGAAGAUAUCCAGAUGCGAACGGCAAUCGACAUGGCUGUUGCGAGAGGGCGGAAAGGUAUCGUGGACUUUUUCGCGGAGAAGUAG